CCACGGCUAUGGCAACCAGGAGAAGCCAUACUAGGUCGACGCUCCAAAACCGCGUAGGGGCCGCGACCCAGCGCGCCGCUCAUGGCGCUCUAUGAGCUCUUUGCGCACCCGGUGGAGCGGGGCUACCGUGCGGGGCUCUGCUCCAAGGCGGCGCUCUUCCUGCUGCUGGCCGCUGCGCUCACGUACAUCCCGCCGCUGCUGGUGGCCUUCCGGAGCCACGGGUUUUGGCUGAAACGGAGCAGUUACGAGGAGCAGCCAACCGUGCGCUUCCAGCACCAGGUGCUGCUCGUGGCCUUGCUAGGAUCCGAGCCGGGCGGGUUCCUCGCCUGGAGCACGUUCCCCGCCUUCAACCGGCUGCAGGAGGGUCAUCUGCGCGUCCCGCUCGUCUCGGCUAGAGAAGAAGACAGGAACCAGGAUGGGAAAAUGGAUGUGCUGCACUUUGAGCUGGAGCUCCCCCUGCAGCCCACGGAGCAGGUCCUAGGCGUGCAGCUCAUCCUGACUUUCUCCUACCAGCUGCAUAGGAUGUCGACAUUCGUGAUGCAGAGCAUGGCAUUUCUCCAGUCCUCCUUUGCCGUUCCCGGGUCCCAGUUAUAUGUGAACGGAGACCUGAGGCUGCAGCAGAAGCAGCCCCUCGGCUGUGGUGGCCUGGAUGUCCGGUACAAUGUGUCCGUCAUCAACGGGACCAGUCCGUUUGCCAAUGACUACGACCUCACUCGCAUUGUUGCUGCCUAUCAGGAGAGGAACGUAACCACCAUCCUGACUGACCCCAGCCCCAUCUGGCUGGUGGGAAGGGCUGCAGAAGCUCCAUUUGUGGUUAAUGCAGUCAUCCGAUACCCCGUGGAAGUCAUUUCUUAUCUACCAGGAUUCUGGGAAAUGAUAAAGUUCGCCUGGAUCCAGUAUGUCAGUAUCCUACUUAUCUUCCUGUGGGUGUUUGAAAGAAUCAAAAGAUUUGUGUUCCAAAAUCAGGUGGUGACCACAAUCCCUGUAACAGCUAUGCCCCAGGGAGAACUGUAUAAGGAGCAUUUAUCGUAAGAAGACCCUUUCUGAAAACUCUAAGCAAGACCGUGGCCACCUCACUGUUGUCUUCUGAGAACUGCCAUCUUACGAAAUUUCUGAAAAGAGUCCAUGGACACUUGCCCCCAUGUGUGCUUUUCCCAUCAGAGACAAAGAACAAUCCUUUCUAAUUUUCCUCUACACAAAUUCUAUAUCUCCUCAGCAUCUGCAGAGAUAAUCAGGGACUAGUUUGUAGAAAUGUUUCUGAGGGUUCCCCAAGGCUAUAAUUUGCUUUUGUUUGUGUUUUUCGCCUCAGACUUGGAUCUCCAGAGGAAACUACAGUCAGUUCAGACAGCUUGGAAAGAGUCCCAUCUCUGGUGAAGCAAAGACUUUUCCUCUCUUGAACUGAGAAGCAUGCCCUGCGUUUCUUCCCCCUGUUGUAAACCAGGUUUUCCUCUUUGCAGGGCUCUCUGGGGAUAGAUACGCAAUCAUCAGCACUUUCCACUCCUGGGCGUCUAAAUUUCCGCUCAGCACUGGUUUCCAGAACUGAGAGGCCUUUAACCGGCGAUCUGGAGGGGGAGAGGGGAGCGCUCGGGGCACAUGUGCGCGCGGGCGGGCGCCGUGAGGACAAGCCGCCCGGCGUCCACCUGCCGCGUCGAACAGACGGGGGUCUGUGGCAGCCCUGCCGAGCAGCCCUUGAUCCCGCCCGCCGGGGCGGCUCUUGGCCUCCGGCGGAGCCCCUGGAAUCGCAGGCCUCGGUCAGCAGGGCUGCCUCGGGCACAGGCCCUCAGCGACAGCGGGGGAGUGAGCCGGCAACAACAGGUCCUUUCUCCCUGGCCCUCGCCCAGCAGGCUGCCCACUGGCCACGCUUCCUCCUCGACAGCCCUCCCCCGCUUGAAAAGGACGCGGGCGACAGAGGAGCUGUUGUUGCUAUUGGCUCCUGCCGCCUGACAACCACAGAGGUUACUUGGAGGGCUAGCGGGAAGCCCGCGACUUGCCUUUCCUCUGCCUCAGGAACGGGGUGCCCAUCACAGAAGGCCGCUUUGGGAGGACACACAGGAGCCCAUUCCGGGCCUGGCCGUCAGCAGAAUGAGACGCAGUUCAGCUGGAUCACCCUCGUGACUCUGAGCAUCUGCCGCAGAGACACGGAAUGGACCUCUGUCAUGAGUGGACCAGGGAUUUUCCAUUCACACUCUAAGGACCGCUGGACCUGCUUUAUGACCCCGUGCUUUCACUGGCAGUGGAAGGACACGCCCUCUGAGAUCCUCACUUAACACCCAUCCACACACACCUCUGAGUUUUUAUUUCCAAGGCACCUUUUCUUCCAGGCUGACCAAAAUAAGAACUUUGAAAACAAAGCUGUUUUGAAGUAUUUAAGCACAAAAAGAUCCUAACACUGGUCCCUCUGCCUUUUAAUAUCUUGAGCUGUUUAUAUGCCUAGAGUUGUUGUUGUUUUCUUCCCUGAGAUUUAAAUUAAAAAGUUUCUGGUUUGAAUCACCAAAAGGUAGUGAAAUAUGGAAAGAGAGCUGAAGAUGUAUCUCAACACAGCUUCGUAUUUUAUUAAAUUAUUUUUCAUGCCAAAUAUGUAUAAAGAACCAUGAUGUUUUGUAACUUUAUAAUUAAAAUGUUCAAACUGGAA